AUGUUCAGAAACAAUUACGACGGGGACACAGUUACUUUUUCUCCUACAGGCCGUCUUUUCCAAGUGGAAUAUGCCUUGGAGGCCAUUAAACAAGGGAGCGUCACUGUGGGCCUACGUUCGAACACUCAUGCUGUCUUGGUCGCGUUGAAAAGAAAUGCAGACGAAUUGUCCUCAUUCCAGAAGAAGAUCAUCAAGUGUGACGAGCACAUGGGGCUGUCAUUGGCUGGGUUGGCUCCAGACGCUAGAGUCCUAAGUAAUUAUUUGAGACAGCAAUGUAACUAUUCGAGCUUAGUUUUCAACAGGAAGCUCGCCGUCGAGAGAGCAGGCCACUUGCUUUGCGAUAAAGCGCAAAAGAACACACAGUCCUACGGGGGCAGACCCUACGGUGUUGGGUUGUUGAUCAUCGGAUAUGACAAGAGUGGUGCUCACCUUCUAGAAUUUCAACCCUCCGGGAACGUCACGGAGCUAUACGGUACCGCGAUCGGUGCAAGAAGCCAGGGGGCAAAGACCUAUCUAGAGAGAACUCUGGACACGUUCAUAAAAAUUGACGGGAACCCAGACGAGCUGAUCAAAGCCGGCGUGGAGGCCAUCAGUCAGUCACUAAGGGACGAAUCCUUGACAGUAGACAACCUCUCGAUUGCCAUUGUGGGCGAGGAUAUGCCCUUCACGCUUUAUGACGGAGAGGCCGUUGCUAAAUACAUUUAA